AUGGCUUACGCAAACUUGCCCUACACACCCAAGCCCAUCACGGACAUCUUCACGGCCGACACCGACAUCGACCGCAGAAAGUGCCAGCGUGUUGUGCCCAUGCGUNCCCUCCGCACCGCCCUCAAGGAGCUCGGCUUCGAUGACUGCUACCACAUGAUGUCUGCAUCGGUUGAGAACNCCCCUGACUGCCUCAUGUGGCAGGACGCCUUUGCCGCCAAAUACGACGGUGUUGGCAAAUUUGGUCGUGAGGAGUGGGACAAGCUUCUUGGACAUUGCCAAGCUGUCUGCGAUUGGCCUGCUGUCGCUUUCGCCAAGGAACUUAUUGAGGCCUACCCCGAGGCCAAGGUUCUCGUCACCACUCGCAACGUCGAUACAUGGCACGCCUCCACCUUGAAGACUGUCGACUGGCGCGCAAACGACCCGGAGCUCAAGAUGGUUUCGAGAUUCGACUGGGGAUCCGGCCUCUACCAGCCCAUGUUGCGCAAGUUCUGGGACGUCUUCUUCGGUGGUGACUUUGAGAAGAACGGAAAGCAAAAAUACAUCGAUUACUACGAGGAGAUCAGAGCCAUGGUGCCCAAGGAGAACCUCCUCGAGUACAGAAUGGGCGAGGGCUGGGAGCCUCUGUGCGACUUCCUCGAGGUACCUGUUCCCGAGGGCAAGAAGUUCNCCCACACCAACGACACUGAUGGAUUCGUCGAUCGCUGCCGUGCCCGCAACCGCGCUCAGAUGAUGAAUGUUGCUUUCCGCGCUCUCGUUGUUGGCGGUAGUGUUGCUGCCACAGCGUUCAGCGCCGCCAUGACUAUUCGUCGCUUCGUUGGCUCAAGAGGUUCCCUCUUGGCUUGA